AUGAGAUUCCGGCUGAAACAAAGCCACGAUGAGGAUGAAACAUACCAUGGAUUUCCACAGCUUGGCUGGGCUGGUGGACAGCAUCCACCACCACCUCCUCCUCCGAGGCAAGCAUUUCCAGAAGCGACGAGAGCGGCGACGAAAGCAGCAGCAGAGAAGAACUUCAUAAUUGUGUUGAAACCAAAAAUGGCAUGCCGAACUGAUCCAUUCAGACAGUUUUAUAGUAUCUCACGUAGAGUAGGCGGGAUCCCAAUUCGACCACCUGCCGUUGCGGCCUUCAGCUUUUCCCUUUUUUCUCUUAUUCAGCUUCUUCUUAUUCAUCUCUUUUCUUGA